CUAACUUGUUUUUUUUAUUUCAAGUUGGCUCGGCAGUUAAAUCUCGCUCGAGUGUCUUUUCAGGUUGCUCUUUCAACUCGCUGAGCAAAAUGUUACUUAUACACAGUGGAGCACUGAGCAGCAAAGCAGUCGGCCAAGGCAUAUGGACGUGUGAAGACUUGGAGACAACCUGGAAUUAUUAUAAUUGAGCUAAAACAAAAUGUUGUUUACAAAUAGUUGUUGUCUUUACUCAGUGGUGUUAAUGUUAGCCGUCCCAGCGUACAGCGCGCCAACUGAGCAGCGCAGUGUGGCAGCCAGCAACAAACAACGGGCGAGGCGUCAAAUUUUUUCUGACUUCGGUGGCGACAAUCCUUUCUUCACACCAGUGGACUUUAAUUUUGGACCGAACCCUUUACCGCGCCCACAGUGGGGACGCCCCGGUCCGGGCGAACCGCUGAUAUUUAGCAAUGAUAGGAGACAAGCAUCCACCAGCACAACAACUACUACACCAUCACCAUCUAACGGUCAACAAGCAAACGCCAAUGCUGCGCCAAAUAUCGUUUUCAUUAACAAUCAACCCAUUGUUGCAACCAUAGCACCGUUUACGGCGCCGACGACGGCUUCGCCUCAAUUCCUGAAUUGUUUUGGCAGCUGCCCCACCACCUCCGAGUACAAUCCGGUGUGUGCGAGCAAUCAGCAGCAAUAUCAGAAUCCGCAGAAGUUCGACUGUGCGCGACAGUGCGGUGCAGAUAUCCAGAUUGUGCGUCGCGGCGCCUGCGAAGGUCUCUUUCCAAUGCAACGCGGGUAACUACAAUGCAAUACAAUGAGGAUACCUGGGCACAAAUGUAUAUGUAUUCAUAUGAUGUGUAUAUUUCUAUGCUACUUUGGGAGCUACCGAACUGAUUUGCGUACAAUUUCCCUCUCUAACUGUUUACAGAGUGAUAGCUAUUUAGUUUAUAAUAAUUUGUUUUAAAUAUUCAGUGUUCUUGUUAUAUCGCCAAUAGUCAAUAAAUAUGGUGAUACCUGUUUUUUAUAUA